AUGAUUCCCGGUCAGAAACGCGUCUCGGUGGCCCUCGGGCUACUUGGCCUUUUCGCCCUCUUUCUCGUCUGGCAGCUCUUCAGUAGAGACUGGAGCCUGCCCGGCUUGGGUUUCCGUCUUCCUGCGCCCAACGUGCUCCCGUCGUGGCCAUACGUCGAGGUUGUUUCCCCGCUCAACGAAGAGACAUGGCCGUACCGCGUAUUCAAGAGCUCACCCCUGAACCCCCCCAACAUCUCGAUCGGCAUAAGUCACUCUCGUCUCGCCGAUGGGUACCUGUUCCUCACCCCGGGCUCGCGCGGUAUCCACCGCGGUGAGCAACAGAAUGGGCCGCACAUUAUCACACCGGCAAACGAGUUGGUCUAUGCCUCGCCGUCACGCACGUCAACGCACUUUAACGGCUUCCGCGUGCAACGGUGGGAGCAGGCCCCAUGUCUCACGUUCUGGCGAGGCGAUAUAGUCGCUGGCCGCGGCUAUGGAGAUCUUGUCCUCCUCGACGACGAGUAUCGGGAGACGAGCGUCUCCCUCCAGGCAGACAUCCGUCAUUCACCACUACUAAGGCAUGUUCCCGGUCUCAUGGAUUUUCACGAGCAGGAGCUCACGCCACGGAACACUGUCCUUGUCACGGCGUACAACGAGACUAGUGUAGACCUCUCGCCUAUUGGAGGCCUAAGCAAUGGCACCGUCACCGAUAGCAUGUUCUUCGAGGUAGACAUGGGCACGGGUCAAGUCCUCUUUAGCUGGAGCGCACUCGACCUUUUCCCCAUCACCUCUUCCCGCCUGCCCAUCGUCUCCAAUCUUAGCGCCGUCCAGGCGGACACAUCGUACGAUGCCUUCCACAUCAACUCCGUCCAGCUCGUGGGACAGGACUAUCUCAUCAGCAGCCGCCACCACUGGGCUGUUUAUCUUGUCUCGGGCGAGGAUGGACACGUUAUCUGGACACUGGGUGGCGACAGCCACGACGCCAGCGACUUUGGGCCUUUGCCUGUCCCGGGCCAGUUUCGCUGGCAGCACGACGUGCGGGCCCACAAUGUCACUGAACACGACAUGCUGCUCAGCUUGUUUGACAAUCACUGCAGGGCUACGGAGGUCUGUACGAGGGCCAGCCGAGGGCUUCUCAUCCGCCUACGACUCCCUCCCGAUCGCAGACAAGUUCCCGAGGUUGUCCGCAGCAUAGAUGCCGGGGACGCGAAGCAGGCGCCGAGCCAGGGCAACUUCCAGAUCGAGCUGCAGCAUGGCAAUCAGCUUGCGAGCUACGGGCCGGUGCCGGUCGUGCGAGAAUUUGGUCCGCCAGAGCACGGCAGCCCGUUACUAUGGGAGGGCCGUUUCGGGCACGACGAUUUCGCCCAGAGCUACCGCGCAUACAAGAGCCCGUGGCACGCCACCCCGCGCGAUUGGGACCCUUCGUUGGUCCUUGUCCAGCAAGGCGGUAGACAGGGCGCGGGACAGCGCGUAGUCCAUGGGCACGUAAGCUGGAAUGGUGCCACGGAUGUGGAAAGGUGGAAUGUCUACAUGAAGCAUCCCAUGCAGAAGAGACGAACACUUUAUGCUGUCACUGCCAAAAUGGGAUUCGAGACUGUCUUUGAACUAGCACUACCAGACGACACGUGUGUUCAAGUCGCGGCCGUGCAGGCGGGACAUGAAGUUCGGCUGUCCAAUGUGGCCUGCCUUUAGAGAUGCACGGUCUCGGAGAAAUACUGUUGUCUUUAGUCCAGG